ACAGAUCUACACCAUGCGUCUAUCUCUCACCGUAAGCGCCCUGCUGGCUUCCAGCGCGGUGGCAUUCGUGCCCCCUAUGCCUUCCACGCGCCAGGCGACCCAUCUGGCCUCGGCCCGCAUCCCCGACAACGUCCGUAAGUCCCUCUCGGCUGAUCAGCUCAAGACUUUGGAGGUCGCUGCCGAGCAAGCCAGCAAGGCGGCUGCUGCGGAUUUGGACCCCUGGUUCGGGGAGGCUGAGGCGGACGAUGGCUCCUUUGCCUCUUUCUCCUCCCUCGAGUCCAUGACAGGGAAACCCGCCGCGGCUGGCGGCACCAGCGGUGCUCAAGAUUUCUUGGAGGCGAAUCCGUACUUCGACCAGAGCAACAUCCCCCUCAACACCUACAAGAACAAGGAGCCGCACACGGGGAAGAUCGUGAGCGUGAAGCGCAUUGUGGGCCCCAAGGCCACGGGAGAGACCUGCCACAUCAUCAUCGACCACGGAGGAGCCAUGCCGUACUGGGAGGGGCAAUCCUACGGUGUGGUCCCCCCCGGCAUCAACCCCAAGAACGGGAAGCCGAACAAUGUGCGUUUGUACUCGAUCGCUUCCACCCGCUACGGUGACGACAUGAAGGGGCAAACUGCUUCCCUUUGCGUCCGCCGCGCCACCUACUGGUGCCCCGAAUUGAAGGCUGAGGACCCAACGAAGAAGGGCAUUUGCUCCAACUACCUCUGCGAUGCCAAGCCGGGGGACAGCGUGGCCUUGGCUGGGCCCACGGGGAAAGUGAUGCUCAUCCCCGAGAAGACGCCCGAGGCGGAUUUGAUCAUGGUGGCAACGGGCACGGGUAUCGCCCCGUACCGUACCUUCGUCCGCCGCUUGUUUGUGGAGGAUACGCCCGCCCGCAAGGCGUUCAAGGGUCUGGCCUGGUUGUUCCUGGGCGUGGCGAACAAGGACUCGUUGCUCUACGACGACGAGUGGCAAGAGGUGAAGAAGGCGUACCCGAACAACUUCCGCGUCGACUACGCCCUCUCCCGUGAGCAGGAGAACAAGAAGGGUGGGAAGAUGUACAUUCAGGACAAGAUGGAGGAGUACGCAGACGAGAUCUUCGACCGGCUUUCCAAGGGCGCGCACAUUUACUUCUGCGGUCUCAAGGGGAUGAUGCCCGGCAUUCAGGACACCUUAGAGCGCGUCGCCCAGGAGAAAGGCAUUGAGUGGAAGGACAUGUUGGAAGGGCUCAAGAAGAACCACCAGUGGCACGUGGAGGUGUACUAAGCAUCGAGUGGGUUCCGCCUGAGAGGAAGAGGUGGGCGAGGUUCCGGAGCACGGGCUCUACUGUCAGAGGAAUGUGGUGUCGUCCUCUUUCCCCCCUCGGGCGAGGCUUGGACGGAGGUUGUGGUAGGGUUGAGGAGAGACCGAUUUUCUGCGCCUAUAGAGCGAAGGACAUUAUACUUGUGGAGUGAAUGUAAUGUUCGGAAGAUCAUUAUAAUCGUGUUUGUGUCUUGAUGUUGACAAGGUGGGGGAGGGGUGAGAAAGCAGGUACAAAAAGGAAGGACGCAUGAGGGGGAUGAUGGAACAGCGUAACUUUGACCAUGUCUUGCAUGGCAGUAGGUAGGUUUCCGGGUUUGUGCCUGUGCAGAGAAUGGAACGGAUUUGUGGCUAAGGGGCAAGGUUCCUUUGGUUAUAUCAAACCAACGAAAUGGAGAGUGACGUAGAGACAGCCAUCCCACCAUACGCUCCAAACUGGUGGCAUGAACGGAAAAGAAAUCAUAACAGGUGGAAGGCAGAAAUA